AUGUGGGUCAAUUCCGGAACCGUCGGAAGGGCCCUCUCCAUGGAUAUAGACACAGACUAUGAGCGGCCCAAUGUGGAAACCAUUAAAUGUGUGGUGGUUGGGGAUAAUGCAGUAGGCAAGACCAGGCUAAUCUGUGCCCGGGCCUGCAAUGCCACCCUCACACAGUAUCAGCUGCUUGCCACCCACGUGCCAACCGUCUGGGCCAUCGACCAGUACCGUGUAUGCCAGGAGGUGUUAGAGAGAUCUCGUGAUGUAGUGGAUGAGGUCAGCGUGUCCCUGAGGCUAUGGGACACAUUUGGGGAUCAUCACAAAGACAGACGAUUUGCCUAUGGCAGAUCGGAUGUGGUGGUGCUUUGCUUCUCUCUGGCUAAUCCCAAUUCCCUGCGCCACGUACGCACCAUGUGGUUCCCGGAGAUCAAGCACUUUUGUCCCCGGACACCCAUCAUUCUGGUUGGCUGCCAGCUGGAUCUGCGCUAUGCCGACCUGGAUGCAGUUAACCGUGCACGACGACCCCUAGCCAAACCCAUCAAACCUACCGACAUACUUCCCCCAGAGAGAGGCCACGAGGUGGCAAAGGAACUCGGGAUUCCCUACUUUGAGACCAGCAUUGUUGCCCAGUUCGGAGUCAAAGAUGUUUUUGACAAUGCCAUUCGGGCCGCCCUCAUCUCCCGUCGCCACCUGCAGUUCUGGAAGUCCCACCUGAAAAAGGUCCAGAGGCCCCUUCUCCAGGCGCCCUUCCUGCCUCCUCGCCCACCUCGUCCCAUAGUGGGCAUCCCAGACCCCCCUCCCACAGACGGCGAGGGCCCCGAUUCCCUUUUCUGCCAGCCACUGUGUGCAGAUGUUCUUUUCCUUCUGCAGGGUGGUGCCACUCGCGUCUUUGCACACAAAGUCUAUCUGGCUACUUCCUGCUCCAAGUUCUAUGACCUCUUCACCCUUGAUCUUGGUGGAUCAUGUAUAGGGCCAUGGGGGGAGGGACAGGAGAGCAAGGAGAACUUGGAGGGUGGGGAGGAAGAUGAGCAGAGUAGAAGAGGAGCCAAGGAGCAAGCUGGGCGCACUAAGAGCCUGGACAUUGAUAAAGACGGGGCUGAUGGAGGAGUGCGGGGCCUGAAUCGACCGCAGCUGCUCCAGCAGGGCUCUUUGAGGACUUCCCAGAGUGAUAACGCACUCCCUUCUCGUGCCCUGUACUCCUUGGGUGCGCUAGGGACUGGUCGAGCACUUUCCGGAUGGGGUAGAGGUUUCCUGAGUGUGUGUCUGGAGCAUGUUUAUGAUCCCAUGACUGGACGACCACGACUCAUGACUGUUGUAGCCAUGGAUGCGCUUAUACAGGAAGAACCAUUCAAGGCAGUGCUUCAGUACCUGUACACAGGCAGUCUGGACGAGGGCCGAGGGGAUCUUAUGCAGGUGGCUACCAUCGCAGAACUACUUGAGGUGUUUGACCUGCGGAUGAUGGUGGCCAAUGUUCUCAACAGAGAGAGCUUCAUGAACCAGGAGAUCACCAAGGCCUUCCAUGUCCGCAGAGCCAAUCGCAUCAAGGAGAGUCUAAAUAAAGGGACCUUUGCUGAUGUGGUGUUCCGCCUGGAUGAUGGCUGCCUCCCGGCUCACAAACCCUUGCUCAUCUCCAGCUGCAACUGGAUGGCUGCCAUGUUCCGUGGCUCGUUCAUGGAAAGCUACAUUGAGGAGGUACCCAUUCCUAACACCAGUGCAGCCUGUAUGCGUGGGGUGUUGGAGUUCCUGUACUGCGGUCUGCUGACACCCUGUCCUGGUCUGGAGCCCAUGGAACUAAUUGUUCUGGCCAAUCGUCUCUGUUUGCCACGCCUCGUUGCCCUCACAGAACAGCAUGCUGUGGAUGAGCUUCUCCAGCUGGCAGUGAAAGGGGGUGACAUUGAUGGACAGGUGUUGGCUUACCUCGAGCUUGCACAGUUCCACAAUGCCAAGCAACUGUCAGUUUGGUGUCUUCAUCACAUCUGCACUAAUUAUAAUAGCAUCUGCCGCAAGUUUCCCAAAGACAUGAAGGCCAUGUCUCCAGAAAACCAGAGGCACUUUGAGAAGCAGCGUUGGCCUCCUGUGUGGUUCCUGAAGGAGGAGGACCGCUAUCUGCGCUCUCAGAAGGAACGCGAGCGUGAGGAGGAGAUCUUGCGCAAGCAACACACCAAACGAGGCUGGUGUUUCUGGAGACACCCGUCCUCUUCUCCACACGUCUCCUAAAGGGUUUCCUCCACUGACGUCUUCAUCCUGACUUGGGUCAUCCCCCAUAGGAUAACUAACCCCCAUGUAACGCAUAUAGAGGAGGUCGGCUUUGAAUCCUCUAUCAGUGGAGAAAUGACUUUCAGUGCUACUUUGCCUGAAUGUCAGCAUGUUUGGGGGAAUGUAUGUGCCUCUUUAUAAUUGUGGGUGACUUCAUGAGUGCAUUUUGGAAUGCUUGUUUGACAAGUGUAGACUUAACUGAAGGGUAUGUGUGAGUGUAUGUUUGCAGUUAUUCUGACUGAGUGAUGCUUCCGAGUUGAGUGCUUCCCAGACGCCCUGAUCUAUAGGGGCCUGCGGCGUUGCAGUGCAGCCCCAUGUCCCCUCCACAAGAGCUCUGUCCCUCCACCAGCACUCACAGUGUCCCAGCCUUUGAGUGAUUGGACUGGGAGCAAGGGCUCUCUAUCUCUCUCAGUCUCCAUCCUUCACAUUGACCUUAAUGACUAUUAUACAUUGACCACUUCAGCUCCUCUUGUGGAGCUUACCUCUGCCUUCACUUCUACGCAGACUGUUAGCUUGCACACACAGACCCGUGCAAAAGAUCCACCCCUCUAAAACCAGCACUGGAUUCCCAGGAACUGACACACAAAAUGUAAUCAUUAUUAUUUUGAUAUUAUUGGACCUUUUUUAUAUAUAUUUUUUGCGCCUUCUAGGAUGCUCUUUUCAGGGUUAAUGGCGCAGACUACUCCCAGGAAGUGUUGAGGACCUUGAUUUCCAUUUCACCCGCAAAGAUGGGAUUGUUAUUCCUAGGUUUGAGUGUAAGGGCAACCUUAAACCCGUCAGCAUGUUAGGAUGCUCCCAUCUGAAGACUUGAUCAUAGCUAUUAGCCUCCAGUCUAGUACUGAUGUUGUCCAUCAUCCAUUCCUGCACCUCCCACCCCCUCCUCCUGCACACCACACGUGCAAAGCAAAAUGAGUGGGAUUCACCGAACUGCACUUCUGAGACAUUCAAAGUGACCACUCUAUAGCAAUGAUGGGGGUAAAGAGGGCUAGCCUUACUUGAUACCUCUGCCACGGAGGAAUGAUGGCUACAGUAUUAAACAAAUUUGCUUGUUACGUCCAUGACCACUAGGUUGCGUUGAAGCGCCUCAGCCAGCCUGCCUUUAAACCCCUACACCAAUAGGGGCAGCACUGCUCAGGGCCCCAGCACUAACCUUCACACAUACUAACAGGAGUUUUUAUGCCUGUGAUUGCUUCACUCUAGUUUCAAUUAUUAAGCGCAUCAGUAUAACUUAAAUCCUUGCAAAGUGUUAGAAGAAAGCUACAGCACAUACACAGUGUUAUUAGUGCAUUUAAAACCUGACUAUUGAUUUUUACCUAAUUUUGAAUACCAAAGCUGUGAUUUAACAAAAAAAAAUCUCUUUCUUCCUCACUUUCUUCAUUCCUGGUUACCUGCUUCCGUUAGCAGCAAGAGGGGAUGGAGGAGAAAAGAGAAAGUGGCUUUUAGGAGAAGGAGGCAGCAUAAUAUAAUAAUUGAGUCUCUCCUUGUGGUGUUUUCAGUCUGUGGUGUCAGGAGAAAAGUGUCACUGCUGGACACUGCCUUCCAUUCCUCUUGCUGGAAUUGAAAAUGGUGCUUAAGACACAAUAAGACAGUGUCCACAUGAACACACAGACACACAUUUUUACGUUCACAGUUUGAGCGUUUAGUUGUCUAGUUGUUUAGUGUUUACUUGUUAUGAACGUGCAGAAAUGUAGUGAUGGUAUUCAAAUUUGACACAUGAGCAUUUUUCAAAACUUAGUUUUUUUCUCCAUAAUAUGCUAACAGUCUGUAAGAGGUCAUAAUAGGUCACUGCUUUUAGAAUGUAUAGAUUUCUGAUUUUACAUACACUGGUUACAACCUUGUAUUGUCUUUUGCUGCUCUUUUAUUCAGAAACAGUUGGAUAUGUUUUGCUUCCUUGUUAACCUGGAAAAUGAUAUUACAUUAAAUUGAAUUUGCAGUCAAAGUGUUGUCUCAAACAGCAAAUGGCUUGAUAUAUGACUGCAUAUACGAGCAAAUCUGAUUUACUUGUUAAGGGUGCUAAUUUCUUUGGGCUUUAGGACUGAAUGUGAAAACGAGACUUUGUGGUGAUGAGUUUCUAUUAGCACAUUGUUCUAUUUGUGGGUUUGCACCGCUCAGCUUUGCCCAGACAACUGUAGGAGAGAUAGAUUGUGUGAAGCAUGUGGUGCGUUCUGCCGUUGUCCAUGGGAGGCUUGUUAAAGUCAUUGUCAGCCACCAAAAUAGAAGUCAGAUAGGAUCUCACGAGACCCAAGUGAGAAUUGAGCUGAUUCCUCUCUGAAAAAGAGUGAAAGUUAGAAAAGUGAACAAGUCUCAGUCAGCAUUACAUGCAACCUACAUAUUUUGGAUUUUCUCCACGGAUAUUCAAACUCAUCCCAGUGCGGGGCUUUGGGAAUUUAGAAAUGAGUUGGGGGACAGUUUUUGAUCGACUUCCAUGACCUCUUUUUAGUUCCCCAUAGAAGGGAUGGCUAUUAGAUUUGUCUUAUUAAUGGUUGGUAUGACCCACUAAGCCUCUUCUCUUGGUCUGUGUGCCUUAUAGUUGGACAAAACUAAAACCUAUUUGGGGAUUUUUGCAAGAUCUUAGUUCAGACCUGCAGACAGGUUCUGCAGUGGUUGACAUGAUGAAUACAAUAGACAAUGGCCAUGAUAAUGCUAUAGCUGUAAAAUGGAUUAUGGUGUUGCUUUAUGCACUCACAUUAUCCUUUUAUGAAGGCGAUUUUUGAGCCAACUUGAGCCAUACCAGUGGAGAAUCUUUAGGCUUACUGCUUGUUUUUAUGCAGACUAAUGGCCUUGAAAUUUAACUCUUCAUAGAGUGUAGUACAGUAGGUUGGUCUAAUCAUAUGGCCUUGGAUUUUUUUCUGGAUCGGUAAUUAUUUGGUUAUAGAAGACUCACAUCGUGGUUAGAGAUAAAAAUGACUAACAGGUUGAUUCCUGUAGUGUAACUUCAUAGAGAAAGUAAAGUUUUUUAAUGAGCACUGGCGGGCCUGUGUGCUGGGAGGGUGCAAACACUUUUGGAAUGUUGUUAAUUUGCAUGGUGGCCUAACUUUGUCAUUAUAAUGACACUUGGUGUUGUAAUGCACUUUUUUCGUCUAUGACUAUACCUUUCUGUGCUUAGCAUGAAUUGUUCCUUAUGUAAGAUUGUUUCUGAACAUAAUGAUUGUAGCACGAUAUUUCCACUUAAAUUUUCCCACAACCUGCGUAGUGAGGAGCCCAAUAAUAUGACCACUCCAGCUUAUUGUUUAAGGUUUAGUUGGCACUGAACCCCACAGUAGCUCUGUUCUUGCUGUGGCUUAAUCAUUUUAAAUUAGCUUAGCACAGCUUAAGGUAGCAUCACUAAAUAUACUUAUAAUAAUAUGCUGGGACAUUCUAAAGACAUUUGCUUGGAAAACUAAUGCAGAGGAUCUGUUGAUGCUGUGCAGUGUUACAGCUUUCCCUUUUAUGCUGUUACUGUAGUAAAUACAAUCAAUUAAGCGAUUUUUGUUUGAGGGCAUUCAAAUGAAAGGCAUAUAAAACAAAAUUUUAACUGAAAUCAAAUACUGUAAUGCACAUAUUUUAAGAAUGUCCUGAAUUGCUGAAAGCCAAGUGCAAAAUUGCGGUUUAGCCUGCAUGUAAUGACAGAGGAAUUGGGUAAAGCAUGAUGCAUGUUUCUGGGUUCUGGGGUGACUUCUGUAUAUAUAGCAGAAUUUCUUAACCCUGGGGCCCUAUCUGGGAUCACUUGGUAUACAUAUGGGAUUGUGGGAAACUUCUAAAACUACGAUAAUAAUAUAAAAUAAAUACUGUAGGUUUUAAAUAUAUGCCAUAAUCUCUAGUACACAACAACUUGAGUAUUCUCUAGUAAUAAUAAUAAUAAUAUUGGGGAGAUAGAGAUGGAGUCACAGGCCAGAAAUGGUUGAGAAACCCCUAUAUACAAAGAGUGAGAGAUGGAGAUCCAGGCCUCAAUAUUUGCUCCAUGCUGACCCUUACAGGCCAAAGUUACAUUGAUUUGGAUUGUCUUGCUGUAUCUUAUCACAUCCUUUUUACUGUCACAUUUAUUUUAGGUGGAGCGUUUCUUCCUGAGGCCUGACCCUCCUUUUUAAAUGUAAGGCCUAGUGACUGAGAGAACACCUUGUUUUUAGUCUUUGGUGUCUCGUCUCCUGUGCCUUCAGUGAAAUCUCACUCUCUUGGUUCAGUACAGGCUGAAGGCCCCGCACCUGCAGCUUUUGGGCUCAAAAUAAAGUUGAUUAAGCCAAGAAUUAAACACGUGAGCACAGAAAGAAAAGUAGGCAGCUUUCUUUAAUGUACAGUAUCUUAGCAUAGUCACUGGCUAUUGGGAUCGGAGUAAUAACUUCCAAUGAUAACACAGAUAAGGAGCUUUAUAAGUUUAGUAUAUAAUAUCAUCUAUGCUAAAGCUACGCAGCAGAUAAUUAUAAAAUGACCAAGAAACCCAGCAAACCAGCAGUUUUAAAAUGUUUUCGCACUCUUUUAGGUGCCUGCACUUUCUAUUAUGUAGCUUAAGACAACUUUUUUGAUAAGUAUCCUUUAUAUAUAGCAGUUUUCUUGAUUAAAAUUAAAAUAUCUUAUUACUUUUUCAUUUUCACAUGAUCUCUUUCUCUUAAAUUCAAUAGUAUGCGCUAUUGCUUCUACUAUUUAGCUGCAAUUUACUAUGUUGCAAUCAUGCAUACAGUCAACAUAUUCUAAAUUGGGGAACAUAAUCUGUGAACUACUGUUUGGAUUAAAGGCAGAUAUUAGCUGUGACAACUAUAUAUACAGUAUAUUAUGCUUUAAUGAAGAUAGUUGUUAUCCAAAGUACAUUACAGUGUUGUGCAUUUGAUAUAAGUCCCAGCUGGAAUUAGCGUAUCACUUUAUAACUGCUCACCACACUGUAUCUAUGAACUAAGCUGGUGUAUACAUAGGAUUGUGUGCACAGAGAGGCCCAGGACAGGAAGAGUGUUUAUAUAGACAGACAUGGUGUAAUUAACCCCUCAUCUAUACUGUAAUUUUUCAGUGGAUUGUAUAUGAUGUAUAGUAUUGUUAUGCACUUUUGUUUCCAUCAACUCGUAUGAGUUUUAUUAACAUUUACUGCUCAUGUUAUUGUGUGUGUUACAAUAAUAGGCAGAAGAAAGAGCACACCACA